GCGGAGCAGUUGGCUACAGUUGUUGCAACUUUUUUCGAAAGCUGCGUUUCCCGGGAGAUCCUAAGCGGUGACAGACCGGGGUCAUGGCUAGAGGCCCUGUACCUGUCAAGUACAGACCACCUGGGGUUGUCACUUUCUAGUUCUGUGGCCUUGGGCAAGCCUCUGCACCUCCCUUGAGACUCGGUUUCCACACCUUAAACGGGUUGGCUGGAGGACCUGGCCCCAUGGGCUUACGGGAAGGAUUAAAUGCCCACAAAAAUGCUUCGUGAGCCUGGGCUCGGGCACACCGCUGACUGCGUCUGGCACGGACGGGUCUCCCAAAAUAUCCGUGAGCCAGCGAGCGAAGCUGCCGGGCAGGCAGAAAGCCUGCGCUGUCAUUCUCCGGUUACCCACCCCUUCCUCCGCGAGUGGCUGAGGACACACGCGAGGGGGCGCGCCCGAGUCAGGAUUCGUCAUGGCCGCGCGGCCCGCCCUGCCUCCCUCCCCCGGAGCCUCGCAGCGCCGCCCCCGCCAGCCCCUCCCUGCACCCAGAGUCGGACGGUGGGCGGUGGCAAGCGGGCAGACAGCGGAGGAAGUGCCGCCAGCGCCUCCCUCCCUGCGUCCUCGAUCCCAGGCCGGCAGGGGCUGCCUCGGCGCGCGGGUGCCGGGCCCUGCCUCGCAGGCCAUGGGGGAAGGGGGCGCCGUGGGGCGCCGCCGGCCCUUCCCCGGGGCGCCGCGGCGGCGCUGGUGGCGGCGGCGACAGCAGCAGCAACAGUGGCAACGGGAGCGGUGGUGGCCGGGCCGCAGCGAGGGCGCCGGGCGAGCCGCCAUGGGCCUGGCCGGGCUGCAGGCAGGAAGAUGUCCAAGCCCCAUGCGGUGGAGGUGGCGGCGGCGGCGGCGGCAGCGACGGCCCCGGGCCCGGAGAUUGUGGAGCGGAGGGGCCCGGGGAGGCCCCGCACCAACGGGGAGAACGUGUUUGCCGGGCAGUCCAAGAUCUACGCCUACAUGAGCCCGAACAAAUGCUCUGGAAUGCGCUCCCCCCUUCAGGAGGAGAACUCGGUCGCACAUCACGAAGUCAGAUGCCAGGGGAAGCCAUGUGCCGGCAUCUACAGGAAACGGGAAGAGAAGAGAACCACGGGGAACGCCCUCCGAAGCACCAUGAAGUCCGAGGAACUAAAGAUCAAAGACGCCAGGAGAGGCCCCCUGGCACCUUUUCCAAACCAAAAAUCUGAAGCAGCAGAACCUCCAAAAACUCCGACCUCGCCUUGUGAUUCCCCCAACGCAGCCAUCGCCAAGCCGGCCGUGAAGAAGCAGGGCAAGGGCAAGCAGGCCCCUCGGAAAAAAGCUCAAGGAAGGACGCAGCAGAACCGCAAACUCACGGAUUUCUACCCCGUGCGGAGGAGCUCCAGGAAGAGCAAAGCAGAGCUGCAGUCUGAAGAAAGGAGAAGAAUAGACAAACUGAUCGAAAGUGGGAAGGAAGAAGGAAUGAAGAUUGACCUCAUCGAUGGCAAAGGCAGGGGCGUGAUCGCCACCAAGCAGUUCUCCCGGGGCGAGUUCGUGGUGGAAUACCACGGGGACCUCAUCGAGAUCACCGACGCCAGGAAGCGAGAGGCUCUGUAUGCACAGGACCCUUCCACCGGCUGCUACAUGUACUAUUUCCAGUACUUGAGCAAAACCUACUGCGUGGACGCCACCCGGGAGACGAACCGCCUGGGCAGACUGAUCAACCACAGCAAAUGCGGGAACUGCCAAACCAAGCUGCACGACAUCGACGGCGUGCCUCACCUCAUCCUCAUCGCCUCCCGCGACAUCGAGGCCGGGGAGGAGCUCCUGUACGACUACGGGGACCGGAGCCGGGCCUCCAUCGAAGCCUACCCCUGGCUGAAGCAUUGACGCCCCUCCCCCUCUCUGCCGUGGACAGAGUGCCCUCAAAGGGAGGUGACUUUUUUUUUUUUACACACUUAAUCUUAGCAGAUUACUUCAGAUGUUUUUAAAAAGUAUAUUAAGAUGCCUUUUCACCGUAGUAUUUAAAUAUCUGUUACAGGUUUCCAAGGUGGACUUGAACAGAUGGCCUUAUAUUACCAAAACUUUUCUAUUCUAGUUGUUUUUGUACCUUUUUUGCAUACAAGUCGGAUGUCCGUGCUUCCCGUGCAUGCAAGCCAGAGACUCGGCGCAGGUGUCCGAGGAGAGAGGCGGACACGGGCUAGGAAGCUGGUGGCGCCCCCACCUCCGGCCACAGGGCCAGGGGCUCUUCCCCGCGCCCCGAAGUCCGCGCGCAGGCGGCCGGGAUGUAAGCUCUUGUUCUUCUGACAUCUUGCCAGGUGCACAUGGGAGUGUAUGGAUAUUUUUUAAAAGGGUUUCGCAGUAAGUUAGUCUUCCCCUCUGCUUUCUCGAAAGCUUGCUGCCCCGGUGGCCCCUGGGCACGGGCCGGGCCUGGGUUUACUCCUCCACGGGCUGCCGCUGGGCGGGCACCUGGGAGCGCCAGGGCGGCCGUCGAAGGAGGUGUGGGCAGGGAAAAGCAUUGCUUAGCUGGCCCUGCCAGGGCAGGGCUUCCCAAAACUGGGGCGAUUCUUUAUAGAAAUGUGAACACUGAAUUUAUUUUAGAAAAAUAAUAAAAAUUUAAAAAACAAAAAAGAUUUAAAAAAAGAAAAAAACCACAGAAAACAACUUACAUGUACAUAGGUCUUAAAAGUGAGUGGAGUGGCUGCAUUUUUUUCCUUUUCCUUUUGGUUUGGUUUUUUGUUUGUUUUUGUAGAGGAGAUUUGAGAUGGUACUCUAUUCUAAUCAAAAAUAAAGUUUUGUAGUGGGACCAGAAAUUACUUAUCCAGUACCCCCCACCCCACCUGCCCCUCUCCCACGCGAGCAGAUUCUGCUGGGUCGAAAGUUCCAGACCUGCUGUCAGGCUGCUGCGCAGGUUGGCCCCCAGGGAUCAAGGCUAAGGGUGCAGUGUUCACCUUGACUGUGAUGGCAGGAGGCGUGAACGGGCAGCUUCCUCCUCCCCCACGAAGGGGGACCGGUUCUCACUCUGUUAACCUGCGGUCCAGGGUCUGGGCCCUGGGGCCGUGACCUGGGGUCUCCUGGCGCCCCCUUGGACCUGGGUAACUGUGAAUGGAGACAGGUGUGAGAACUUGUCCUCAAGCUCAACGCCCUCCAGCCCUGCCCCCCACCCACGCCCCCCCAGCCUCACGACGGUGCUACCUAAGGAGUCUUCCCCCAGCCCACACUUGCCUGGUCAGCGGUCAGCCAAUCGGAGGAGGAUCCGACAGAGUGUGUCAAUGUGAGAUAGAAUGUCUUGGUUGUACCUGUUUGUGGUUUAGCUUUGUAUUUAAAAAAGGAAAUAAACUUGAAAAUUAUUUGUCAUCAUAAAAAUGAAACAGAAAUUAAAAUAUUUAUUGCCAGGCAA